UGCCGUGCAGUACCGGUCAUUAGCGUGACGGGAUCGAGGUGGCCGCUCGUCAGAUUGCAUGGCUCGCAUGGGGGAACGGGGCUGCAAUCGAGCUAUAGGACAUGGCAAAAUUUCCUUCUUUGCCUCCUUGGCCGGAGGUCUGGCUCCUCCUUUUGCGGCCGGCACCAGUGGUGCUUGUUCGUUGAUAAGCGUGCGAGAUCCAGCUCCGGCCCCUUGGGUCUGGCCUUUAGCGCCCUCCCGUCUCCCGCUGUUCUUUUCCCUUCACGACUUCUCGAGAUCGAAGCAGACACCCGGCGCUUCUAAGCCGUGCUAGCCCGAAGACCCGUAUCGUUACCGAGCUGAGCCUGGUCGAUAUGUCCACCCAGCCGGGAAAAGCUUCCACGGCCGCAGCUGCCGCUACCGCUGCCGCCCAGGAUGACUCCAUCCGCCCAGCAAGCCCCGGCAUGGGAGCCGCGCCGUCCGCAGGGAACACCGCAGACGCCGGCGGCGGCCCGGAGCCGACCCUGGUACACGAGAAGAAGAAGAACUUUAACGCUCCGUCGGUUCGCGCCGACACGAGCGGCAGCACCACCGUCAUAUCCGACCCCCUGAACUUUGGCCAGCACCGCCGCGCCAACGUCAGCCAGCGCCAGAUGAAGAUUGACCACCCCAACGGCAACAAGAGGAAGCUCAAGAAGUUCUACACCAGACAGAACGAUCUGAUCGACCAGUUCCUUGGCGCCGACGAUGAGGAGCAGAACACACUCGAGGAAGGUGCCCGCGUGGCGCCCAAGAUCAAGUUCGCCGUCAACGCCUCCUUCACCGUCAACUUUUGCCUCUUCGUCAUCCAGCUUUAUGCUGCCAUCUCGACGGGAUCACUUUCGCUUUUUGCCACGACCGCCGAUGCAUUUAUGGACCUCGUCUCAUCCUUCGUAAUGCUCAUCACGUCGCGGCUGGCUGCAAGGCCCAGCAUUUACAAAUACCCAGUUGGCCGCACCCGAAUCGAGACCAUUGGGAUCAUCCUAUUUUGCGCCCUCAUGACUACUGUUGCCAUCCAGCUUCUUAUUGAAUCGGGUCGGACGCUGGGAAGAGGCGCGCAUGACUCCGAGGAGCUGAAGAUCAUUCCAAUCGUCUUUAUUGCUAUUGCCAUCUUUGCCAAGGGUUCUCUGAUGAUCUUCUGCAUGUUUUACCGCAAGUACCCAUCAGUCCAUGUCUUCUACAUCGACCAUCGCAACGAUAUCGCUGUCAACUCGUUUGGUCUGAUCAUGGCCAUCGUGGGCGAGAAGGUCGUGUGGUACCUGGAUCCGAUCGGCGCCAUCUGCAUCGCGCUCCUAAUCCUCUUCUCGUGGGUCGCAAACGCCUUUGAGCAGGUCUGGCUGCUGGUCGGCAAGUCCGCGCCCAGGGACUUCAUCUCCAAGCUCAUCUACAUGUCCAUGACUCACGACGAGCAGAUCCUCAAGGUCGAUACGUGCCGUGCGUACCACGCCGGGCAGCGGUACUACGUCGAGGUGGACAUUGUCAUGAACGACGAGACCCCGCUCAGGAUAUCGCACGACGUCAGCCAGUCGCUGCAGCGCAAGCUCGAGGGCCUGGCCGACGUCGAGCGGGCCUUUGUGCACGUCGACUACGAGCACGAGCACGACAUCCACGAGGAGCACAAGCCCCUCUACGAGACCAAGGAGAAGAAUAACAAGAGGACCCUGCGCGAGAUCUUCCUGGGGGCCAAGACCAAGGUCGCCGCCGGCGACGCCACCGCCGUCUCCGCGGCCGCCUCCAAGAAGGCAUGACGGCGGUGAUGCCCACGGCGGGAGGCCCCCUAGGUGGCGUGGGAGAUGGGCGUGCCAAGAAUGUGCGUUUUGAUCAGCCACCGCCCGGGGGAGGGAUGACUGUUGGAUUCCAAAAGAGAAACGAGGAAUUGAUACCACACAGGCUAUGAUUUUUGUUUACUUAUUUAAUUUAGACGUGUCACUAUAGAUAGAUGGAGCUUUCCAGCUUGCGCAGGCUUGUAAGACAGAGGCUUCAGCAUUACUUGGUCGA